GCGGCCGGCCAAAUGCCCAAGUCGAAUAGGGGAGAAGCACCCACUCACUCACUCAAACCCUAUGCCGACCCUCCCCAUUCCAUCAUGACGCGUAUUUGCCGGGACAUGCAUCACUGUGCAUCCACUGCACCCGUGCUGCACAACCGCGUAACCAGACCGAGGGGUUCUUCUCGCCGACUUGGCGAAAUGUACCUGGUAGACAACGACUCUGUAUAAGAGACGAUAGAGAAGAUAUGUCGACUGCACCAUCCGCUCGCUUUUCCUUCGCUCGGAGUGGGGUACCGCAGAAUAUUGGUCAUAGAGGUUACAAAGCCCUCUACCCCGAAAACACCCUUCUCGCAAUGCGUGAAGCAAUCCGCGCCGGCGCCUCCGCAAUCGAGACGGAUAUCCACCUCUCCAAAGAUGGGACUGUGGUGAUUUGCCACGAUCCCUCUGUUGACCGAGUUUUUGAUGGAGAGGGUUUGGUGGCGGCUAAAACGGAUGAGGAGUUAAGGCGGUUGAGGACGAAGAAGGCGCCGCAUGAGGGGAUGCCGACGUUGAGGGAUGUGUUGAAGAUGGUUACGUCGGAGAAGGAGUACGAAGAUGUGUGGUUGCUGCUCGAUACGAAGAUGGACAACCCCAAAUCCGUUAUCGAAAAGAUCGGCGAUACGCUGAAAAGCGUCAACCCCUCCAUGACCUAUUGGUCCUCCCGCAUCCUCCUCGGCAUCUGGCACCCGAAAUUCCUUCCUGCUUGCGCGACACACUUACCCGAACUUCCCAUCACCAAUAUCUCCCUCACACUUUCCAUCACGAACAAAUAUUUCCCCCUCCACCAUCCGCAAAUAUCCGCAUACAACAUCCUUCUUCCCGCACUCUCCGGACUUGCCGGCCAGAAGUUCGUGAGGGAUGCGCAGGACGCAGGGAAGAGCGUUUGUGUUUGGACGGUGAAUGAUGAGAAGUGGAUGAGAUGGGCACGUAAAUUGGGGGUCGAUGGUGUCAUUACGGAUGACGUUGCGCAGUUCAAGCAAAUUGAGGGAGAGGAUGAAAAGGAGAGUGACGGGGUGUUGAUGGGACCGGAAGAGUGGAAGUGGAAGGCAUGGGGGAAGGUUAAGUUCUGGGAGUAUUUUGCAUGGGGUUUCGGGUAUUAUAGGUUGUGGCAGUUCAGGGAUCGUGGGGUGUGAAGGGUACACCAACCUAUCACCAGAUAAAGAAAGGGCACAAUCGUCUUGACCCCCUC